UAAGAGUGCAGGCUCAGGUAUUAACGCAAACACACUGAUCAGGACGAUACAAUGAGCAGCUGUGUCUAACGCUUAGAUUGUAAUAUAGAUCUAUUUUUUGUUUUUUCAUCUAUUCUUUAAUUUUAUUUCCAACUUUAUUCAGUGUUCUUCUGUCACCAUGCGGAGAUUAGCUCCCGUGGUCCUGCUGCUAUCGCUUCUGAAAGUUUCGGUAUGUAUGCAGGUGAACGUUCCUCAGAAGGAGCGCAGCACAGCCCUGUUCGCCUCAGUGACCCUUCGCUGUGACUACACAACCUCUGCUAACCUCAAGGAUGUGCUGGUCAUAUGGAAGUUCAAGUCCUUCUGCAAGGACCCUGUGCUGGAGUACUACUCCACAGCGUACCAAUCUGCGCUACAGUUAGGACGGGACCCUGCAAUUGACUGUUCUGACAGCACGCGGACACUCCGCACAGUGAUACAAAAGAGUGGCAACAGUGAACCCAUGCUGGGAACUGAAUAUCGGGAACGCAGGAUCACCAUCCAAAACAAGGCAGACUUGGUGAUGACUGAGGUGAUGUGGUGGGACAACGGUGUGUACUACUGCUCUGUCAUAGCUGCGGGAGACACCUCAGGGGACUCUGAAAAGGAAAUCAAACUCAUUGUUUACCACUGGUUGACUGUGUUGUUCAUCGUCAUCGGAGCCCUCCUUCUCAUCAUCCUCUUCGGUAUAUGCUGCUGCCAGUGCUGCCCUCAGAAAUGCUGUUGCUAUGUCCGCUGUCCCUGCUGCCCGCAGCAAUGCUGCUGUCCUGAAAAAGCGGUGAUGCAACAUCGUAUGAUGAAGGAUGCUCAGAGGGCCAUGGCUCCCUGGAUGGGGGGGCAGCCGGUAUAUGGACCAAUGAGUCAUGGCUCCUCCCAGAUGAACCCACUGCUCUACGCAGGAUCUGUUUCAGGGAAGAGCAUCCCGAUGAAACCCAUGCCACUGCCCCCUCCCCAGUCUUCAGCCUACAGCAUGCCCCCUCCCAGUGCUCAUGGCACCCACACCCCUGCCAACACCAAUCACAUGCUGGAUUACCUGGAGGGCCAGGUGAGGGGGAUGGACAUGGCCAGUCCUCUGCUGCAGUCCCAGCCGCCUCCACAGCACCACAUGCAGCAGAUGCCCCCACAUCACAUGCAGCAGAUGCCCCCACCUCACAUGCAGCAGAUGCCCCCACCUCACAUGCAGCAGAUGCCCCCACCUCACAUGCAGAUGAUUCCUCCUCCCCAGCACAUGCCCCAGCACGUUCCAUUUUCUCCCGGCCCUCCCAGCAUGAUCUCUGGUUUGGGUGAUGGCCCAACAGAGCGUCGCGUCAUCACACUUCCACCAAUAAGACAGCAGCCACCAGCAAGAACUGCACCCCCUGCACCAAGGACUCGGCCCCCAAGCUCCAGCGAGAGCAGCGGCUUUGGCCGCCAUGAUGAGCGAGGACGUAACGUCUCCCCUGCCCGGUCUAGAGGUGUUCUCAGGAGCUACAGCGAGGAAACGCUGGACGGGAACAGGCGCAGCCGUCCAAGAGGGGGCAUGGUGCCCAGCGCCCGCUCCAGGGACGACCUGUUUGACAGCAGGUCCAGAGGAAACUACUCUCCUCCAGCAUCAAGGCACUCCAAAAGAGGGUCCUGGAGCUCGGAUGAUGAGGGCAGCAGCAGGAGAGGAGGAGGAGGUGGAGGUGGAGGCUGGGUUGACAAACCCCCAACCUACAGCGAGUACGAACCUGGACAGAAACCAGGAGCACGGAGAAAUGAACACUACUCUGGCAAGAGUUCCCGCAGUGGCACCAGCGUCGUCAUCUAAAAGCUGCAGCUGUGAAAAGCCCUGUGACCUCUGUUCCACAGAACAUGCACACCUCCUUAAAACCUGGAGCCCUGUUUUUUGGCUACUGGUAAACUUUUUAAUGCCAAUUUUUUAUUGUUUUAAAUUAUUAAUGAACGAACUCUCCCAAAAAAGUUCGCAGAAGGAAUUAUAGAAUGUGAAUAUUCCUCAGGUGCAGGAGGUUAAGCAAAUGUUAGACGUUAGGAAGAAAAGCUAUAUGAUCGCCAUAUGAUUGGUUUGCAUGUUUAGAUAUUGAUGUAAGAAAACUGCAUAAGUCCUCUACUAAAGCUAUUUAGGGACAAUAUUACCCUCUGCUGGUUAAUUGUUUUAAUACAAAUUACAGGAGAUUUGACAUAAAACACCUUGUUAGUUUUUGUAUGGCUUUUUAAGUCUCUCAAAACCUUGGCAGUCAUUAAGAGUCUUGUGUUUUAAUGAUGCCAUGAAAGAGAAGGAAUGACUUGAACGGCCAGUGUAUUAAGACAUAUUACAAGUUAAAUGUUUGUAAAUAGUCAUUUAUUACAUUCGUCAUAUGUACAAAAGGGUUAAAAAACAUAAUUAUCUGACCAGAGUCUAACUGCACCCACUUUUUCCUUCAAACAUUAGCAUAACAAAUACACUUAAAGAAAUUCAGGUAUUUACACUUGCUUAUGAAUAACUGUCAACACUUUGUGAAUAAGUAAUGUACAUGUUGUUGACACAAUGUUGUAUCAACAAUGUUACAGAAACAAAAAUGGUAUAUUUUCUUUUGAAAUUAAGCACAAGAGGAACAUGUGACACAAUAUUUGUUAGUGUACAGUGUGGGAAAUGUUCCUAGUUUCUUUUCUACCUUUUUUUUAAUUCAUGAUCAAUCAGAAAUACAACAAUCCCUUAAUCAUGGAAUUAUAAUGGUUGACUCUCCCAUAUAUGUUUUUUAAGGUUUUAUAAUUUCACUUAAGUUUUUUUUACACUGUACAGUCAGUUUCUGUUAUCCAUAUCCAAAAUAAACUGUUUACCCUUCGCAUAUAACAA